AUGGACUACGGUACGGAGUCCGUUAUUGAGCUCGAGUACAAGGGUCGCUUCGCGAUCCUUACGAUCAACAAGCCCGAGAAGCUAAAUGCGCUCUCUCGAGCACAAUAUUAUGAGCUUGCGCAGAAACUUCGCGAGAUUGCCGAUCGCAGUGACGUUUAUGUCACUGUUCUUCUGGCCAAAGGCCGGUUCUUCUCCGCUGGCGCAGACGUUGGCAUGCCCCGUGCAACACCGGCGAAGGAUAACAAGAACUUGCACAGAGAAUAUCUGCAAACGUUUGUCGCUUUUAACCUGAACAUCGCCCAUGCUUUUUAUACACACCCUAAGAUUCUAGUCGUCGGUUUAAACGGUCCCGUAGUGGGAAUGUCUGCCGCAUUUGUGGCUCACGCCGACUUCAUCUAUUGCACGCCUCACACAUACCUGCUUACGCCGUUCUCGUCCAUCGGACUUGUAGCCGAGGGGGGCGCUUCACGUGCGCUGGUUCAGCGCCUUGGAGUUUCCAAGGCUAAUGAGGCUAUGAUUAUGAGCAAGAGAAUCUCCUCCAAGGACCUUGAGCAGUGCGGGUUCGUCAAUGGUAUCAUUGAUACAGGAAGAGAACAAGAUGAAUUAUUCCGGGAAAAGGUCCUGGAGGAGGUGACCGAGAGACUAGGGGAUCAUUUGAUUGGGGACAGCCUUGUAGAAAUCAAGAGACUCAUCAGAAAGCCUGAAAUGAGUAUCUUGCAGCAGCAGAAUGUGGAGGAGGUUUUCGCAGGACUGGAGCGGUUUAUGACCGGGGUGCCGCAAGAACAGUUCAACAAACUUGCGCGCGGUGAAAAGAGACAUAAGCUAUGA